AAAGGGGGUGCGCGGAACAAUGUUCAGCUCUUUCUAAAACCAACUAAAACCUAAUUAACCUAACCCUAAUCUCUUCUUAAUUCGUAAACCCCAUCCAACAUCAGGCCCUUAUCUCGAGCAGCUGCCGAUUCCGUCGUACCUCCACCUAGCCGCACUAACGACCUCCGCCGGAGGCUUCACCGGCGACACCAUCGCCCUUCACUCCACCUCGCGCGAAACGUUCCUGCACCGGCGUCUCCUCCUUCGCUUCUCCAAUGCGUUUCAAACAGGAGCUGCACCGAUCCCCUUCAUGGCCGCGAGGUCUCGCUUGCCGGAUACCGCCGUCAACGGGUUCAGCCGCCUCAAGGUCGUCGCCGGUCCUGCCAUCAUCGUCGAGGGAAUCUCCGACGACGCUGGUGCGCGAGGACGCCGCGGCUCGUCACCACACGACCAUCCCUCAUCCGUUCACGCGACCACACUCCCGUUCAGAGCUUCGAAUCGCUGGCGGCGAGGCCACCGGCGAGGGUUUCUCUUGUCUUGGUUUUCUGCUUCUGAUUUGAUGUUGGGUUACUGGAUUUUGAGACGCUAGUGUUUGGCGUACUGUGUGAGAUUGGUUGGUUCGUGGUAAAAAGUUGGGUUUGGGUUGCGGCGUGAAGAAGAUGAUUGAGAGAUGUGAAUCAUUGUUCAAGCUCUGUAGUAUGGUGCAUUUUUCAAGCUCUUUUGCUUAUGGUUUCAGGCACAAAUUAUUUGGCAAACCGUGUUCUAAACCUGCUAGCAUCUGUGGAGCAAUAGAGUCAUUAAGCACAGUGAAUGGACCAACGAGGAAGCCAGUAAAAUAUGCUCUUUGUACUGCACUUAGUUCUUGUGCAAAAACCCGGAAUUGGCGUUUGGGUAUACAAAUCCAUGCUUUCAUGAUUCGAUCUGGAUAUGAAGAUAAUUUGUUCCUCUGCAGUGCGCUGAUUGAUUUCUAUGCCAAAUGUUUUGCUAUUCUGGAUGCAAAGAAGGUAUUUAGUGGCAUCAGAACGCAUGAUCAAGUUUCAUGGACUUCACUUAUAACGGGAUUAUCGAUCAACGGACAAGGAAUAAAUGCCUUCUUGUUGUUCAAAGAGAUGUUAUGCACCCAAAUUAAGCCCAAUUGUCUUACCUUUGUUAGUGUGAUUAAUGCCUGUGUUGGGCAAAAUGGUGGCCUUCAACAUUGCUCUGCUCUUCAUACUCAUAUCAUCAAGCAGGGAUGUGAUACUAACAAUUUUGUGGUCAGCUCAUUGAUUGAUUGUUAUGCAAAUCAGGGACAAAUUGAUGAUGCUGUACUCUUAUUUGUUGAAACUAGUGAGAAGGAUAUUGUUGUGUACAAUUCUAUGAUCUCUGGAUAUUCUAAAAACCUGUGCAGUAACGAUGCAUUGAAGCUGUUUGUAGAAAUGAGGGGGCGAAAUUUGGGUAUUACUGAUCAUACUUUAUGUACGAUUCUAAAUGCUUGUAGCAGCCUUGCAUUGCUCCUUCAGGGAAGGCAAGUGCACUCUCUUGUUAUUAAAAUGGGUUCGGAAAGGAAUGUGUUUGUGACCAGUGCUUUGAUUGAUAUGUAUUCAAAAGGUGGCGAUAUUGACGAGGCUCAACGCGUGUUGGAUCAGACUUCUGAGAAGAAUAAUGUGUUGUGGACAUCCAUGAUCAUGGGUUAUGCUCAAUGUGGGAGAAGUUCAGAGGCUUUGGAACUUUUUGAUUGUCUACUGACCAAGCAAGAGUUAGUUCCUGAUCAUAUUUGCUUCACUACUGUCUUAACAGCUUGUAAUCAUGCAGGAUUGCUUGACAAAGGGGUGGAAUACUUCAACAAAAUGACAACAAAUUAUGGCUUGUCUCCAGAUAUUGAUCAAUAUGCUUGCUUGCUUGAUCUGUAUGCUAGAAAAGGGAGUUUGAGUAAGGCAAGGGAUUUAAUGCAAGAAAUGCCCUAUGAUCCUAAUUAUGUAAUUUGGAGCUCUUUCUUGAGUUCGUGUAAUAUAUAUGGCAAUGUAGAACUUGGGAAGGAGGCUGCUGAUCAACUUAUUAAGAUGGAACCAUGUAAUGCAGCACCAUAUUUAACAUUAGCACAUGUCUAUGCAAGAAAAAGUUUAUGGAAUGAAGUAGCUGAAGUUAGAAGGGAUUCUGAUUCCUUUCCCGUGCACAAAUUUAGGGUUUGUGAAGGGGUUCUGUUUCAUAAGCGUGAACCUCGUUUUGGAUGGAGCUGGGUUGUGGUAGCUGUCGACGAACCUCAACCCCAUUGGGACCCUUUGCUCCCUUUCCUCCCGAACAAUACUCUUGUUGCUGCCGACAAAAUCACUUUGCGUGGAUUGAUGAAGGUUAAGUAAAUUGCUGCGUGGAAU